ACCGGUCCAGGAAUUCACCGAUUUUUGUGAGGCUGAGUGCCUGCUUAAGCUCAACAUCGCCGACAUAGCCACGUUGGGCAACGUUCUGCUGAUCGUCGCAACCAUCAUAUAUACAAUACUUUUCGAUGAAAUUCACCAAAUAUCUGAUAGGGCAUACUUCGCGACAUCUUAAGGAUUGAGGGUCCGAAAAGACAGCUUUUGGAGCGAAACAUACCACACGACGAGCUUAUCGCAAGAGCAGUCCACUGGCACAAACACGCUUGACAAAAGUAUGGAGUUCUGUGACAUAUGUCUCAAUUUGGAUGCCGAGCAAUAUUGGCUUCGACGCGAUGGUCAAAAGAACGUUACGAAGUGUGUCAGGCUGACUAAACUCCUGGAAUUGCAAUUAAGCGCAGUGAAGGGCUGUCCAGGUUGCAAGCUUCUCGCAAAAAGUCUUGAAGGAACAUUAUUAGAAAAGACGGACGGGGUGCACAUACUCUUUGAAAAGGGUCUGCCACUCCGUCUAGAGUCGAGGAACUUGGAUCUCGAGCUUCUGACGGUCCGAAACUGGAAGUUGCCAAGUCCGUUUGUGGGCGUUGGAAGAGAAGUCCCACAGGACAUUACCGCCGAUGCCGCAGCCGUCUUCGCUAAGGAACAACUGCGAAGAUGUACCGCUCACCAUGAAUAUUGCUCCAGACUCCCUCCAGUUGACCGUGCCCAAGUGAAGCCAGAAAGACUGCUCUAUAUAGGUAUCGGCCUGUCAUCGCUAGACAUAUAUCUAGUUGACACGUCAAGACUUAUCCUUGAGAACAGAUCACAUCGGCUUCCUCCAUACAUCGCCCUGAGUUAUUGUUGGGGACCACGGGAAGCAAACCUCACAACAACGCGAGAAAAUAUGAAUGCACGAAGGACCAAGAUUGAUUACCAUGAUUUACCAAAGACCUUGCAAGACGCAGUCGCGGUAGCACGAUCUAUUGGAAUUGAAUAUAUGUGGAUCGACUCACUGUGCAUCAUCCAGAAUGAUGAUGAUAAUAACAAUACAGACUGGAGGAUAGAGUCAUCGAAGAUGGGUUCCAUUUACGAAGCAGCAACGUUGACUAUUUCGGUUACUUCAUCUGCUGCUGUGACAGAAGGUUUUCUCGGGCUGCGCAGGGAAACUGCGGUAGCGGAUGGUGGUGGAAAAGUGGUCAAAUGGACAGGCUUUGAUGGAUCCGAGGCACACACUCUAGUCCGUAGGCGAUUACCCCAUUCAGGCAUUGUAUCAGAGACUUCUGAUCCGGCUGGCUGCCCACUGCUCCGACGGGGCUGGACUCUCCAGGAGCGGUUACUGGCUACGCGCACUCUUCAUUUUCUACCGGACGAAAUGUUGUGGGAAUGCAGGUCUGAUUUUGUAUGUGAGUGCUCAAGCGUCGAAGCAGAUCAGCGCUGGAAGAACGGUCAUCUGAGGGGGUCAUUAUUCAAUGUCUCAGUCAGCAACCCCGAGGGUGCCGACUGGGUGGCUCUGUGGCAGCAACUGGUCAAGGAUUACUCCAAGAGGCAAUUAACGGACGAGGUUGACAGGCUUCCGGCCCUCUCUGGUAUCGCUGCCCGGUUCAAAAGUUCAAAUACUCGAUUAGGCCGCUACUUUGCUGGUCUCUGGGAGUCGGGCAUUUUAUGGCAAAUGACUUGGCAAGCGGAUUGGUCCAUCUUUGUGGCUGCCUCCUCAAUGCAUGCAACUACGGACACGAUGAACCACUCGACUGGAACAAGACAUCCUCAAUCCACGCGCUCGACAGCGCAACCGAACAGCUCUAUGGCUAGUGCAUUCUCAAAUCCUGUGGGAAAUUACCGAAAGUCGUUGAAACCCUCUUGGUCUUGGAUAUCGACCCGCAAUCCGGUCGAAUGGGAUAUGGUAGGCCCCGAACUAAGAUCAAGCUCGCGAAUAGAUGCAAAACUAUUGUAUGCAUCCUGUCUGGCCGAUCCAAUGAACCCUUUUGGCCAGGUGACAGCUGGAGAGAUGCUUCUGGAGGCACAUGCCUUUUCCACGAAGAUCCUAGCCAACGAUCUCGGCUUUAUCUGGAAACUGGAAAACGGCGCAAUCAUGAUACCAGAUGUGCCCAAUCUACAGCUUGUCCCCGGAGAUACUAUACAUUGUGCUCUGAUAUAUGACCGCGUCAAAGAUGGAAUGCUGCUCUGGGUGGGGCUGGCCCUUCAGAGAUUGAGUAACAACAAUUCUACGGGUGAGGGAACGGAGCGGUUCUACAGAGUUGGACUUGUGAAGGGUACCAUGCAUUCCUCCUAUCUGGGAACAGGAUUGUUUCGCAGACAGAUCUUGAUCGAAUAAGAUCAAGCAUGCACAUCCGCCAGAACCUGGAGCUUCGAUCACUCUCUCGUGGUGCUAUAUUCCUCAACAUCGAUAGCAAAUGUCGACGAAGCUGUGAUAGGCGCGCAUACUGUCAUAUUAUAGAGUUAUUGUCAAAUGGUUACACUCGUGUUGAGUACUACCAAUGAUCUUACUCAAUACUAUGUUACCGGGAGUCUCAACCAAGAUCCGAACGCUGGAUUUUGACAGAAGGCGCAGGGUAUUUCAGGCUAAAAAGGGUUUACCUGGUUGGAGGACACCUGCGUUCUGACAUGAUUGGCGCGCAUCCAACAGGUCAACACUGGUGUCUGCACACAUCUUAGUGGAAUGUCUUGGAUCUGGGGAAACUUU